UUGCUAUCUCCAAACUCAAACAAAAGUUUGUACUUCCAAAUCCAACAAGCAAAGCCUGUCUCAUCUCUUUCAGUGAAUCACAUCUCUCCAGAUCAUGAAGAUGAGGAUGGGUGCUCAAGACAUGAAGCUCAAGGGCCUCAAGAGGGCUCUCAAGGAGCAGAAGGCAAGGCUCUACAUCAUCCGCCGAUGCGUUGCGAUGCUCAUAAGAUGGCAUGAUUGAUCGAUCGAUCGAUCGAUCAAACGAUUGGGAUGAAACUUCUCAGCAAUUUUGGUUACUUCUCUAUUAGUUUGUUCUUUGAUUGGCCACUACCAGCUGCAAUUUCAGCUUGUACCUGUGAUACAUCUAGUGUAAAUAUGAGAAAUAGUCAGAAUUAGACACAAAUUGCAGCUUCUAUUGAAUUUUGGAGUACUGCUUCUUUGUCCAUUCUUUCUUGAUCAGAAUUUCUCAAAUUUGGAUUUCCCUACCAAAUUUUACUUAGUGCAGAAGUAAGUUCAGACUCAAUGGCACCAUGGAAUUUGCCAUGACCUGUUGGUUACUAUUUCCAUGUCUGAUGCUGAUGUCUCCAUUUCGUGAAGUCACAUGCCAACAUAUUCCAACAGCGACAAUUGGGCAGUUAUGCCUUUAUCUAUUCUUGUACCAAUUUCUCUGAAAAUUCACCCUCACCAUCCUUUCAGCAGGAUAGCUCAGCUCUGUAUAUAUGAGAGCUCGAUUCAAUUAAAUCAGCUUUACUGUAGAGGAUAUCUGUCAUCCAAUUAGGUGCACUUCAGGAUUAGGCUCUAUGGAUUUUGGUAGAGAUCUUGUGUUUCUCUCCUUGUCUAGCUCAAAAUUCUGAAAGAAAGGAUGCAUCCAAGAGGUGUUUAUGCAGAGAAAUGAAUUUUUUUUCCUGCUGAAGCCAGAGAAUUGCAAAA